AGCCGCCACUCCUCCGCCGCGCAUAUAUUAAGCCCCUCCUUCCAACCCUACCCGUCAGUUGUUUCCUCUCGCCGCCGCCGCCGUCGCCUUCAUCCAUCUCCGAUCCUUUCGCCCGCCGCCUCGACGCCGCCGCCGCCAUGGGGAGACGACCUGCUAGGUGCUACCGCCAGAUCAAGAACAAGCCGUACCCCAAGUCUAGGUACUGCCGUGGUGUACCUGACCCGAAGAUCAGAAUCUAUGAUGUUGGGAUGAAGAAGAAGGGAGUGGAUGAGUUUCCUGCCUGUGUCCACCUGGUGAGCUGGGAGAAGGAGAACGUCUCCAGCGAGGCGCUUGAGGCUGCUCGCAUUGCUUGCAACAAGUACAUGACCAAGAAUGCUGGGAAGGACGCUUUCCACCUGAGGGUUAGGGUCCACCCUUACCAUGUCCUUCGUAUCAACAAGAUGCUUUCAUGUGCCGGGGCUGAUAGGCUCCAGACUGGAAUGAGGGGUGCUUUUGGCAAGCCUCUGGGUACCUGUGCUCGUGUGGACAUUGGCCAGGUCCUCCUCUCUGUGCGCUGCAAGGAGAGCAAUGCUACUCACGCUGAAGAAGCCCUCCGCCGUGCCAAGUUCAAGUUCCCUGGCCGUCAAAAGAUCAUCAAGAGCAGGAAGUGGGGCUUCACCAAGUUCAACAAGGCUGAUUAUAUCAAGUACAAGAGUGAGGGAAGGAUCGUGCCUGAUGGUGUCAAUGCUAAGCUUCUCGGUGUCCACGGCCCCAUUGCUAACCGUGCACCUGGGCAGGCAGUCCUGGCUUGAGAGUUGAGAUAGCUGAAGCCACUGGACAGACCAUUUCCUUCGCUAAAUGGAACUCUCGAGUUUGUGUUACCUAGUCUAAACAUCAUGCCAAUUAGGUGCCGUGCCGCUGUGUCGUAGCUCCUUCUAUAGGCUGUUUUUUAUGGUAGAGACUUGCAUAUCUACUGUUACCCUGUUUCGACCUUUCCGCACAUCUUUAUCGACUUGAUGGGAUUUGUGGAUCAGUUGUCCUGAAAUUCCGUCCGUCGUUGUGGCUUUAAUAAAUUUCGUUGGACAAUUAUAUUGAUAAGGUCACUACGCUUCAUGAUUA